CUUUGCAUGUUGUUUUUUACGCAUAUCAACUCAAAUUAAUAGUUAAAAUGUGGUAAGAUGGCACUGUUUAUAAAACGCCUAUACAGAAAGGUAAUUAAAUAAUGAAGAUUAACGAAGAAUAUUGUUUUGAACAAAAUAAUAUGAACAUACAAGUAAAUAGAAACCUGUAAAUCCAAAACAUAAUACGUAAAAUGCAUUCUAUUGUAAGAGGCUUUUUGUAUAAAAUUCUUUGUCCAUAUAGGCUAACCCAAAGUACCUUCCUUUAAAUGAAUAAUGAUGUGUUCUCUUUGUUUUGUUUUCUGAAACCAAAAUGCCCAACAUAUAUUAAGUACUUUUUAAAGAUAUUCUUAAUAUUUUUGUGAGCUGAUUUUCAUUGCGAUUCUGCAGCAGCAGUUUAUUGCCUGUCCCCAGACGCAAUUUGUUUUGUGCGUCAUUAAUCCCGAUCUUGCGACCUGCGCGUGCUCUCCGCAGCCUUUCUGCUUUGUGGUCCGGAAGAAUUGCUCUCCACGCUGGUGAAUGACCUUUGCAAAGCAUGAAUGUCAUGCUGCAACAUGUGUCACAGCUCAUCCGCAUAACUGGCGACUCUGUAAAACAUAUCUGUAAAUUCAGGGAAUUGGAUGAGAUAGUUUUAGUGUUAUUCUCAAUGUCAGUCCCCAGCGCAUUUAGCCCAACUGAUUAAAAAUGGGAGGAGGAGCUCUUAGACUAUUGGAUGGAAUACAGGGGUUAGAAUUUCCCCCUGCCACAAGAUCCCUCUUCUGAUAGACUCCAUCUCUAGGUCUCACAAUGGCAUAUUCACAGUUUUACUAAGCUGUUUUUUAUUUUUCAUUCUUAUCCUUGUUAAUUUAGACAACAGCACUGCAAUGAUCUUAAGAAAACUUUGAAAACAGGAUCUUUAGGAAAACGGUGCAGGAAUGCCAAACACUGGCAGCACAUUGCAUUAUAUUACACCCAGGCAGCAUGUGGUCAGGCUUUCAUAAACAAUGAAAUGCCUGGGAUCUGGAAGAAGAUCACGUUUUCCUUCGCCUCUCUGCUCAACAUUGCCUCAGUUGUUCUGACAGUCGUGGCACUUUCUACUGAGAAGUGGGUAAUUGGGAGAAUCCUAUGCCAGACUGGUGCUGAUCUGGUCAACGCGUCUGAUCCUGAACUGGACAAGUUUAUCGGUGACAUAUAUUUUGGGCUGUUCCAAGGGGGCAAAAUAUGGAAAUGUGGUCUGGGAAGCAGACGGUCCAAAAUCUACAUAUUCCCGAGGCUUGUGAAGAAGCUGAAUGGUGGCCUUCACAUGAUUAUCAUCUUAUUCCUUUUUGUUGCCAUUGGUUUUUCAUUUGUAAGUUUAGCAUUCUGCAUUUAUAAUGCACGAAAAAUUCCAUAUCAGUCUAUUAAAGGGCCUCCAGGACUAUACUUGUGGAAUUUUAUUGCAGGUGCCUUUGGAAUGUUCGGCAUCGUCUGCUUCAUCGCAGCUGUAAACCAGCACCGUCUCACGGAGAGAGUGGCGAACUUCAAGGAGGACAUCUUUCGAUUCGUUGUUCUGGAGGAAGAAUACGACUUCUCAUUCUGGCUGUGUGUGGCCAGCACUGCAACUCACGGGACAAAUUUUAUUGUUGUAGCCAUGAGUAAAAUCCACUUUCCAAAAAUACAAACUAAGAAGCCAGAUGAACCAAGCGUCACAGCUGAAGACUUCCUAUACUGAGAGUGGAUAUAAGCACAAAUAAGAAGAGUGGACUAGGAAAAGCAAGCACAAGCUCAUGGGAAUCAGUAGUAUUCUGAUUUUAUUAGAUACAUUUCUGUGUAUACGUUACAGGCCAGAAGCCCCCCCCCCAGAUUUAAAAAAUAAAAUAAACAAUACACUGCUUUGUUAAACUUUCAUUACAAGAAAAUGUCAGAAAUACUUAAAACAAAUGUAACUGACUGUUAUUCAUUAUUUUAUAGCUUGUAGUAACAAAUUAUUUAGCUACAAAGGCUGAAAGUAUUGGUUUUGAAGACAUAUCAGGUCUGUCUUUAGUGCAUUGACAUUCACUUUGUGUUGGAAUUCUACUUACUAAUGUCCGAACUUGAUCUGCUCUUGGCCUGAUUGUGUCUUAAUAAACUAAACGAUAGCCACUUG